CAAAAAUUUGGUUAUUAAUAAAGAUUGAGAUUGUUUGCCAUUCUCAAGAUUUAGUUUGAUUGUUGUGGUUUCUUUAUACUUCGGAUCAUCUGACAGCCGCACUCUGAUUGGCUCACACUCAAGGGGCUUCGAUCGCGACUCUUUUUGGAAUUCCGAUUUUUGUCCGACUUCUUCGCCUUCUUUUAUUUCAACCUCAACCUCAACCUCUUUCUUUCUCCGCCUCCACACCUCCGCCCUCCGCGCUCUCCCUCUCCCCCCUUCUCCUCAUACCUGGACGCUAUGUCCAAGGCCACGUUCGCGGCCAUUGCUGCGGCCAGUGCGGCCACUGGUGCCGGUCUCACGGCUCUUUUCUACUCUUCCUCCGCACCUCGGCCUCAGCCGCAACAGCAGCAACAAGUUCCUCCUCCGUCUCCAGUCGCUGCUCCCUCUCCCACCGCUAUCCGGCCUCCCGCUCCUCCCUCCCUCGCGCCCAAGCCCACGGCCGGGGGUCUGUCACCUGUCGACCCGACGGGCAUCUACCAAUAUGGCUUCCCGGGCCCGGUAGCCGACACGCUGAUCUCCGCACCCCUAGCCGGCGCCUACGACCGGCGCACGCGCAACCCGUCGUGGGUGGCGGAACAUAUCACACCGCAGUCACUGUCGAUGAAGAACGCGGACCGCAAGAACAGCACAUUCUUCGAGGACGCGACGAUCCCGCCGGCGUUUCGCGCCAAGCUGUCCGACUACUUCCGGUCGGGCUACGAUCGGGGCCACCAGGUGCCGGCGGCCGACUGCAAGUGGUCGCAGGAGGCGAUGGACGGUACAUUUGCGCUGAGCAACAUGUGCCCGCAGGUCGGCGAGGGCUUCAACCGGGAUUACUGGGCGCACUUUGAGGAGUUCUGCCGGGGACUGACCAAGAAGUACCCCUCGGUGCGCGUCGUCACCGGCCCGCUGUACCUGCCGCACCGCGACCCCGAUGGCAAGUGGCGCGUCUCGUAUGAGGUCAUCGGCAACCCGCCCAACGUCGCCGUGCCCACCCACUUCUACAAGGUCAUCUACGCGGAGGAGGGCCCCGCCGCCGCUGGCAAGGUCGCGCUCGGCGCGUUCGUGCUGCCCAACGCCCGCAUCCCCAACGACAAGCGUCUGAGUGAGUUCGAGGUGCCCCUCGAGGCCGUCGAGCGCGCCAGCGGUCUGGAGUUCGCCGCCAAGCUGGAGGCUGGUCGUCGCAAGCGUCUGUGCCAGGAGACUAAGUGUGAGAUCGUUGUGCGCGAGUUCAACAACGCCUCCAAGCGGUCUUAGGUUUGGUGUAGAUAGAGAGACAUGUGUUUUGGCUGGAAGACAGGGUGCGCUUUCGUGUACUCUAGAUGUAUUUGGAUAUUGUAUCAGCAUUAUUCCCUCGUCCGUGGCGUUGC